UGCUGUGUGUGAAAUUGCUAAAUAUGUGAAUAAGUAAAACAUUGUGAUAUAUUAUAUUAGUAUAUAAAUAAGAAAUAGAUAUAAAACGUGUAAAUAUGGCAACAGCAAGUUCAGAUAUCGAAGAUUUUCUUUCCGGACCUUUAAUAGCUUGGUUGAAAUCUUGUCUGCAAGAGUCAGAAAAACUGGUUGAUUAUUCAUCACUGUGGGAUGGAUCUCUUAUUUUUUCUGUUUUGUUACAAAUAGAUCCAGAACCAGCUCAUUCUAUUUGUAAACUAACUGGAAAUAAUGAAAUGAUUGUUGCUUCUAGGAUUAAUAAUUUUCACAACAUCUUUAAAAAUCUAAAAACUUUAUAUGAUGAAGAAUUCAGACAAACAAUUGUAUCAGUACCUGAUUUCAUAGAAUUAGGAACAAAACCUGAUUCAAGAUCAGGCUUGGAAAACAUGAAACUACUAAUUUUAUUAUUACUUGGUGCAGCAGUUCAAUGCCCAAAUCGAAAAACAUUCAUUCAGAAUAUAUAUGAUCUUAAUAUAACUGUGCAGCAUGCAAUAAAAGAUUAUAUUACACAGGUGAUAGACAGUCAAACACUUGUUUUAACAAAUGAAUAUGAUGAAGCUACUAGUUCUCCAAUGCAAAGACAAUCAUUAAUGAAUUUAAUUAAAGAGCGUGACAAAUACUUUUCAUACUACAUGAAUUCGAUUUUGGUAGACUCUCUUAGUUCAAUAGAUAAAUUAUCAAGUCCAUCAAAAAAUGGGGUUCAUGGGAUUGAUAACAAUCAUCAUGCUGUUGAACUUGCAGAUUGGAAAGCUAAACUAAGAAGACAACGGCAGGAAUUGGAGGAAAAGUCAGAAGUAAUAAUGGAAUAUAAAGAGGAGCUUGAAUACACACAGAAAAAACUAGAAAAGUUAAAAAUUGAGAGUCAAGAAUGGUUUCAAGCUUCUUGUAGAGCCUCAGCAUAUAGAGAUGAAAUCGAUGCAUUAAGAGAAAAAUGUGAACAUGCAGAUAGAUUAGAGCAGGAAAUUCAGAAAUUACGUGAUCGCAUGAAUGAUGAUGAAUUUUAUAAAAAUCGAGUGGAGGAAUUAAGAGAAGAUAACAAAAAUCUCUCUGAAACUAUUGAAAUGCUUGAAGAGCAGUUGUCAAGAGCAAGAAAACGCAGUGAACAAGCUUUAUCACUUGAGACAGAAAUAAUUAAAUAUAAACAACGAGUUAAUGAUUUAGUACUGCAAAAAGAAGCUGAUCACAGUAAACUUCAGGAUUUAAUAGAAGAGAACACACAUUUACAAUUAUUAACAAAAUCUGCAGUUUCUGAUUCAUCAAAUACCAGCAGUACUCUGAAUGACCAAAAUGCCGAAAAUGACCACUCAAUUGCUGAAACAAGUUUGAUAGAUCAGCUAAAAACAGAUGCAGAAGCGAGAGUACUAAAAUUGGAACUAGAAAACAAACAAUUACUAUCCAGAAUAGAUGACAUGAUCAUGACUAAUAAUGAAAUCUCAAAUAACUUAGUAGAUUCUGAAAAGGAGAGGAAAAAGUUGUCUUUGAAAUGUGUUCAAUUAAAAGAAAAUUGUGAUAGAUUAACAGAUCAAAAUGGUGAAAUUGAGAAAAUUUUCAAAAAUUCAAUGGAUGAAAAUAAAAAAUUGCUUAGUGAAUUGGACAAUAAUAAGCACUUGCUUGAUAAGAUCACAAAUGAGAAAGAGUUGGAGAAAAAGAAAUUGUUAGAGAUUGAAAAACAAUUAGAUGCAUUAAUGAAAGAACGGCAAACAUUAUCUCAUAAUAAUGAAUGCCUUCAAAGAAAAUAUGAUGAUUUAGAUAAGUUAUUGGUAGCUAAGACAAAUGAAUGUUGUGACUUAAUGGAGAAGGCAUCAUCAUCAAAACAGAGCCAAGAAGUUAUUGCAAAGCUAAAUGAAAAGAUAGUAAACAUGGAAAAAGAAAAUCAGAGAUUGAUGAAAGAUGUGCAGAAAUUACGUGAUCUUAUAGAAGAAAAAGAAGUUUCACUUGAUAAAAGUUCCAUAUACAUUGAAGAAAUGAGUCAAGAAAUUGAAAGAAUCACAAAGGAUUUGCAUAAUAGUGAAGAAUUAGCUUUAAAGAUCGAAGAAAUGAAAAAGAAAAUUCAAGACAAUGAAACACAAUCAAAAAUGACCGAUAAAAUCAUUUCUACUUUGCAAGCAGAUUUGGUCGCAGAAAAACUAAACUUUGAGAGAGCAUCUUUGAUCCUGGACAAAUUAGGUGUGGACGUGAGUAAUGUUCUUAAAACAGACAACUCUUUAGAAUAUUGCAUUGAAAAUAUUUUGAUGAACGCUGACAAUCAUGAAAUUGUGAAGGAUAUUAUAGCCAAAAUAAACAAAGAAAAUACAUUAAAAUUAUGUGAUACUUGCAACAAAUGUAGUGAAGACAAGCCAUUAAAUACUGUUCUGAGUGAUAGCAAACAAAAUAAUGAGAGUUAUGAACAAAGCACAACCACUGAGUUAUCAUUGUUGAAAACAGUCAAUGGGCAAAUACGAAAGGAAAAUGCAGUGUACAAAGUUGAUGUUACUACUUUAAAUUCGCAAAUUACUUCGUUACAAAGCCAACAAGUUUCUUUACAAACUGAGAAUACCGAACUUUUGACACAAAAAGAAGAUAUUAAAAAGGAACUGCAACAGAGCAAAAAAGAAAACUUAGAUAUUACCAAGGAUUUGGAAACGUUGAAAAAUUUGCAUGAACAACUGACUUUGGAGUAUGAAAUAUUGACAAAGGAGCGUGAAAGUACUAGGGGCACAGUUCGAGAUCUGAAGGCUGAAAAUAGAGACAUUAGUGAUAAAUUAGCAAUUAAUGAAAAAGAAAUAAAAUCUCUUUUGGAAGAAAAUUCUAAUUUGAAAGCAGAAAUACAAAGUGUAGUAGAUCUGAGAUCUGAGCAUUCAAACUUAAAGGAAGAUUUCAAACAUCUUUUCACUGCAAGUGAUAAGUUGAAGGCAGAAUAUAGAAAUCUCCAAGAACAAUAUAGGAGAGUUCGAAGUGAGUCCCACCGUCAAAAAUUACAAUAUACUGAAUUAACUGGUGAAUUAAACAAUAGGAGAGACCUUAUAACAAGUUUGCAACUCGAAUUGCAUAAAGUCAGCCAAUAUUGUGAGAUGUUGCUACAAAGAAACAGCUGUCUGGACAGCGACAGACGAAUCUUAAUGGACCAAGUAUCAAAAUUACUCUCACAGUAUCAUGAACUAUUGGCUCAUUCUAUUGAAGAUAAUAAACACUAUCAUGAUGAAGAAAAAUUAUUUACAGAUAAAGUGAACAGUUUAUGUCGUCAGAAGGAAAAACUAGAAGAAAAAAUUAUGGAACAUUAUAGGAAACUUGAAAGUUGCUCUUCAAAACGGAAAGCAUUUGGGUCAAUACUUGUUCAUCGGGUUUGUAAAGCUGGAUCAGACUUAAUGAAAAAAGUUCCAAGCAGAAAUCGACAUUCUUGGACUGAUGAUUCACAUGUAGUUAACUCAACAUUACAGCCAGAAUUGGGUGACAAAUGUGAUGGUAAUGGGGAAAAUAAUACUCCUAAUCAAAGUUUGGAAACAUCGUCAUCAUUAGAUGAAUCUUUAUGUUUGGGUUCUGCUGGUACACGGCGAACAGUGUAUUUAACUCAAGAAACAGAAUCUGGAAGGCAAUCUCCACUCCCAGGAAAUUCUACACCCAGCCAAGGAAACACUUUUAUAGUCUACAAUAAAAUGGUUGGAAGACCUGAGUCAGCUAAUAAAGAAGACACUUCACCUAAGUCAGGUGACAAUAAAGAUAUGAAAGAUAGUGCUAUUUGGUACGAAUACGGUUGUGUUUGAUUUUAAACUACAUAACGAACAUUUUAUACACAUACAUACAUACACACAAGCAUACAAGAAUAUAGAUAAACAAUAUUAGUAUUUAAGUUUUAUAUAAUUCUAUAAGCCCUCCUAGUGCCUUAUAUAUAAAUAAUACCAGAACUAUUGUUGUAUAUUAACAAAUCUACUGCCUCCUCAAGAUAUAGUAAUUAAUG